AUGGCUAGUGAGGUGGCAUCUCCUCUCUCUGUUGCCGUAGUGAUUUUGUCUGGCAGUCUGGAACUAGAUGUCACUGUCAGUGUGGCAGCAUUCAGUUGGGUCAAUGACACUGCCACUGAAGAUUUCGACUAUCGGUCAUUGAACAAAACCAUCACCUUCACUUCUGGGUCAGGGGUGGGCUCCAUGAAAACCUUUGAUGUCAUCAUUAUCAACGACAUCAUUGUAGAAAAAUUGCUUGAAACAUUCACACUGAGGCUGACCACACCCACUGGAGCACCUGUUGCCGUGAUCGGACUGGAGGUGGCCACUGCAUUCAUACAAGAGGACCUUACUGACAGUGUGACUGUGAGUUUGAAUGAAUCUAGCUACGUACUGACUGAGGGAGAGGGUGUGGUCAUAUGUGUGGAGCUGGUGGGAGUGCUAGAGAGAGAUGCUGCUGUAAAUAUCACCACUGUGGAUAGCACUGCAACAGUGUUGGACUACAUUGAUAUCUCUACCACCCUCACAUUCUCUUCCGGCACCUCGAGUGCCUGUGUGCAGUUAUCGACCAUUGAUGACAGUACGUACGAAUCUACAGAAGGGUUGAGUGUAGAGCUGGAGUCCACUGACUCCCAAGUCACUGUAGCCACUCCCUCCGUACUCGUCACUAUAGUGGACAAUGAUGAUGUUGUGCUUUCCCUGUCUGCCCCUGAGUCUGUGUGUGAAGGAGAUGGUGUCGUGCAGAUCUGCGUCACCUUGGAGACUGACAUUGAGAGAGAUGUGGAAGCUACUAUAGAGACCGCUGAUGCAUUCGCAAUUGAUUCUGAAGAUUACCAGAGUAUUACCGUCACCUACUCCUACUCCGCCCCCCUAUCUUCCCCCCUUAUCAACUGCACACUAGUGACAAUACUCGACAAUGACAUUAUCGAGCCAUGUGAAGACUUCAGGGCCAACCUUAGCUCACCCUCUGAGAGAGCGGUGCUCAGUCCAAGCUCACUGAGUAUCAUCAUUCAUGAUGAUGAAGACAUCACCUCCCCUCUGUUGUUGUUCAACAACUCACCUCAAAUCAGUGGGAGCGAUCUGACAGCCUACUACAACCUGACGGGCUGUGCCAGGGUCACUUGUGAGGUCAGGAAUCAACAAGAUUGUUCUCAACCUGUCGGUAGUUUCGAGGGUGUGUGGUUUGGACAGAAUGCAAUCAAUAGGAGGACACUGCAACAGUUUGCUAUUAUCGUGGAUGCAUACUGUCCCAACCAAAUAGUCCCAGUGUUCGAGGACAGGCCAAUCAGAGGUGAUAAUACUCAGUGCAGUCAGCACUUCACUGACCAACAGUAUGAGUUUGACCCCGUCUCUGGAAAUGUGACUGUGGAGUGGGAGGGAACUGGACCCAAUGCAACUGUUCAAGUUAGCCAGUUUAUGUGCAGGUUACCUAACACAGACACAUUUUCGUGUGUUAGUCCCCUUGUUAUCACCGGUCUGUCCUCUGGAAGCCACACCCUCUUAGUCACACCAGUGGGAAUCAGUGGGUGUACAAGGAUAGUCACUAGGAUCUUACUCAUAACCAUCUGAACAGUUAUUCAGGACAUUUUAAUGCUGACAUACGUGUGUGCUCCUAUUCAUAUAAUGCCUUAGAUUAUAAUUGUCGACAAUUUAAAGACAAAUAGAUAAACAUCAUAGCUACUAUUGAAUAAAAAUGUUUUCUUUAUUGUCAAGUUGACUGAAUGUUUUGCAUUUUG